CCCGCCCCGCCCGCUGCCUCCGCCGCUUCCCGCGGGUCGCCCCUCCCUGCGCGCCCUGAGGAGAGGUCGCCCUCAUGGCGCUGUGUCGGGGUGUGUUCGCCUUGUGCCUCUUCUGCCUCCCCCUGCUGCCGGCGGCCGUUUUGGGUGAGGAUUGUUCAGCAUAUACUGAUAAUUUUGGCAAAAUACAACCUGCACAAUCCUGUCCUGACUUCUGCUGUGGAUUUUGCUCGUAUCGAUACUGCUGCUCGAACUCAUUCCUAAAAUUUAAUGCACAGUUGUACUGCAGUGAGCCUAAUAAAAGGAUACGUGACCUAGAAGAAACUAGAGAAUCUAUAGAGAAGAUGCGAGAGGGACUCAAGAAACUCCAUACAUCCGACAGCUGGGUCUCCGAUGCUGACUUUGAUGAUUUCUACUCAUCUGGUCCCAGUUUUGGAGCCCUUAUUGCCAUUGGAGUUACUGUUGUUGCUGUCAUUGCUAUUACUCUUAUUCUGUGUCUCACCUGUUCCUGUUGCUGUCUGUACAAGGCAUGUCGAAGACCACGGCCUGUGGUGACCACCACAACRGUCGUUCACCCUCCCUAUUCCCAGCAACCAGCAGUGCCACCCAACUACCCAGCAGCUCCGUACCAAGGCUACCAGCCYGUGUCUGUCCAGCCCCAGCCGGGAGUGCCAGUGGCUCCGUACCCUACACAGUACCCUCCCCCUUACCCCAUGCAGCCAGCGGGACCCCCAGCUUAUCAUGAAACCAUGGCAGCUGGUGCUGGAGCCCCUUACCCUACUCAGCCCCCUUACAAUCCUGCUUACGUGGAUCCUCAGAAGCCCACCUAUUGAAAAGCUCUCUUACUGUGCUUCUGCAUACAAAACUUUUCAAAAUAUAAUUUGUUCUGUUUACACCAUGCACCUGUACUAUAUUUUUCUGGAAGACAGCAAUCUUUUGUCUAAGUAAAGUGAAAAUUAUUCAGUAUAUUUUUUUUAAUGCUCCAAGGAAGGAGUAAUUUUCUGCAAAAGUUAAUUUAUACCUCAAGCAAAUACAAAAAGAGAUUUUGCUCUAGAUACAAUGAGAAAAGCUUGAAGAAGGAGUGUUUCAGAAAUACAGAACCACAAUAACAUUUGCUGUGCAAUAAUUUUGAAAGGAAUGGUCUAACAUGAGCAUUGUCAAAUACCCAAAGCUGAAGAAAUCUUUUGCACGGUAUUAAAAUGUAAAARCCUCUGAGAAACUACCUGAUACAUAUUAUGUAAGUUCUGCCUGUUUUGAAGCUAUUAUUGUUAGGUAAGCUACCACUUAAUACAUUUCAUUUACCAUUCAAAAGGGAAUUUUCUUAUUUUUCAACACAUUUGCCUUUGGUAAGGGGUAGCAAACAAGUUUGUCUUUGCUAGUUCUAAAUAGCACGAGUUGGUAAUUUCCUUGUUUCCUGUUCCAAUUUUAAGGCUUAAAAACUGUGCCUCUGUUGGGUGUUAUAGCUAGAAAUUAACAAACUCUCUGCCACUUAAUGGACCAAAUUGAUCAAAAGCUGAAAACCUGAAAAUUCUUCAUAAAAAUCAUUGGACCAGUAUUUCUUGUUCAGGUAUUAUUGGACAAGCUUACUUCAGCCAUCUGUUGUUGAUGAGUUUGGAAGAAAAAUCAGCCCUUGAAUCGUAUGUUAAGCAGAAGAAACUUGGCAGUUUUCAGUCGUGCCUCAUCACAGGGAAGGAAUUWGUAUUACAGGAGAGAUGGGAUGUCAACAGCAGAUUGGGGUUUUGAAAUGCUCAGAGUUUUCCAUUGUCUGUAGUGGGAACUGUAGAUGGCARGAACCUAAGAAUUAGAGACCUUUAUAAACCCACACUCCAUUGGAAUAACAAUAUGCUGGGUGGGGGGACACAGUAGGGAUUAAACCUUCCUUUUGUCUUCAGCAUUCCCAUAAAGCUGAGCAGAGAAUGAGAAGUCAGGGAAAAGAAGGAUUUGGUCACAGCCAGGUAAUGCUUUUAGUCAUCAAACAUCUUGAGACAUCCUCAUGACUAUUACCUCUGCUGAGACUUUAGGCUCUAUGAAUMUUUUAUUGCUCAAACAAAUAAGGUGGAUUUUUUUUUUCAGUAUCCUCAACAACUUUGUCAUUUCCAACAUUUAAAUACAAUUUGUUGUUAUUCCUCAUAGAACUAUCUAGUUUUUUGUAUGUAUUGCUGUGACAUAAUCAGUGAAAUAAUUUUAACAUACAUUUUACACGAAUUUUAUUUUUUUUAGAGAGGCCAUGGAGCCAUUUGUCCUGUGAUUCUGCAUUUGGGGUAUAUUACUGUUCAGUGGCAUUGUUUUACCUCACAGAGUGGAUGGAAAUYGCUGCUAUCAAAGGCAGCCUUGUUCCUCUUUCUGAUUUUUUGAGUCUAUUUUUGGAUUAUUCYGAUUCUUUUUUUAAGAAAGUUUUCAGGGCAUUUCAGAAGAAACUUGUAGAAAGUUUUCACAUGGGGGCUCAUGGCAACCUGUGCCCCUCUGUUACACCUCUCUGAUUGAUGAAGUUAAUAGCAUGAAAUGRUGCCAAGAGGCACUCACAGAGCAUGUAUCCAUGUAUCCUGUCUGUGUGUUCCUCCUCUUUCCUGCCUUGUCAGCUGAGAAAUUGGGCAAAGCUUCAUUACACUGUUUGGUGUUACAUGGGAACAACCAAAAAUUCAUGGUGUCUCCUGUAUGGAGGAGRAAGUGUUGCCUUAGAAAUCCGGAAUGUUUCUGUGUGGGAAGGCACUGAGUAACUGCAGAAAUAAAUCCCUUGCUGCAGAUCCUACCCCUGGUGUUUAUUUGUGGAGAAGGAGGGCAGAGAUUGCUCCAGCACCUUUGUUAGCCUGGGUGGAGCCAGACCAGAGAGGGACACUCGUGCAGUGUCCAGUGUGGAGCUUCUUGAKGUUGUUACUGUGCCCUGUUCUUCCUGUCCUCCAUCUGGUGUGACAGAGGAGCAGUUUGGGGCACUCACAGUGUGGUGUUUGGGUUGUGAAAGGGAAAUCUGCAGUUUCAUCCAUUUCAGGAUGGCUCACUCAUCAUCCCCAAGGAGAUGGGAGAAAGUCAAGUGGCAGCAAUAACAGACAUUCCCAAAUGUGUGGGUUUGGUGUGGAAGUUGUAUAGACCAGAUUGUCCUGCAUUGUCACUGCUGUGUGUGCGGUGGGGACAGAUGAGGGGUGGGGUUAAGGAGCCUGAAAAUGGACCCCUUCAGUGGACAUCUGCAAAUGACAACUAUGUACAAGUGAAGAGGUCAAUCAUUAAUAUCCAAGGAACUGCGUUAGCAGUACCAUUACMAAUUCAGUUACAAAACUCACUGAAAGAAAAUGGUCCAGUUCACAAUUUAUCAGAAGUUUUCUUAUUGUUAGUGCAUUAAUCAUCAUUAACAAUGAGGUGUAGGACCAAAUUUUGGCUCUUGCCCUGCAGCCUUGUUAAAGCUUGUUUUCAAAUAGAGAAGAGARUGGGAUGGUUAUAGAGAAAAUUGAGAUGAUCCAUAAAUUUUCAGUUUAAGCACUGCUGAUGUGUCAGUCCCAGUAGCUGUUGCCUUCACAUCACACUAGUACUCCACAGUGCUGUGGAGAGGAGGGAGGGAGCUAAGACUUUAAAUGUUGAUAUAUCUUUUUUUUUUUUUUUUGUAAUUCUGUAAGUGCCUUUGUUUCAGAAAUGUUUUGUGGAAUUAAAGACAGUAGAACAUUGAAUUUACUAGAUAAUCAUUGCUGCUUUUGUUACAUAUUGUAACCUCGCUUUGUAUGUUGUUUGUAGGUUAAACAUAAGUAUUCAAACCAAAUGGCAUAAACUCUAUGCACCUUUGUAAUAAAUGCAGUGUUUGAAAUACAUUCUGUCAGCUUGGUUUUCUUAGCCUCAUUUUGAGUAUUAUUUAGGGUUGUAUCUGCAAAGCUACAUUUUACUUCAUUGUGUUUGACAGCUCCUGUUACUGAGUGUMUUUUAAGUCACCUUGUAUCAUGAGUAUCACUUUUGGUGGUGGAGACUGAAGCCUGACCAAAAUUACAGGUCCCCACAUAAAGCAAGGACAUUGUAAAUUCGUGAAUGAUCCACUGACCAAAUGAUGCCAAGUAAAUCCAAACUGAUUGAAUCUAAAGCCUUGUCUGGCCUAAGGAGUCUGUUAAAUGCAUGAAGUGGAAUUGGCUACCAAAUCCCAAGACACUUGAGAAGUCUCGUGUAGACAAGAUGGUGGAUUUCAAAGAAGUCUGUCAUUUCAUUAAAGUUUAAUCUUCUCAACCUGUUUAGACUU